GGGCGGAUCUUCAGAGAAAUGCUUCUGCUCCUGGCUACCCAGCUGACUUGAGUUUGGCAUUUCGAUGCUGGAAACGGGGGUUAUUUUUUGCUCCGGUCGAAGUAAAUCCCGUCCUUUUUUUAAAAAAAUCCCCCGUGUGUGUGUGUGUGAGGGAGAGAGAAUUGCUGGAACUCAGAGAACAGGACGGGAGAGAGCAGGGAGCGACAAGGAACUGGAACUGCUGUGCAUUUGCAAGAAAACGCAGAGGAAGCUGAUUUGAUGUUUCACAUGUAACCACAUCCGUGAUUUUAGCAGAAGAUAUUCGGUUUCUCUCUCUCUCUGACACACACACGUCUUUUUUUUUAAAGUUUCCCUCCAUUUUGUGAUAAGCCACAGGGCAGACAAUACAUCAGCAAAACGUUAGUUUCUGAUGGCUUUCAGUCCAUGGCAGAUUCUGUCUCCCAUUCAGUGGGCCAAGUGGACAUGGUCUGUGGUGAGACCAGGGCCAGGAGCUGAGGACAAUGAAGGGGAAGACUCCAGCCCUGAAGAGAAAAGUUCGGACUCCGAAGCGAAUUUCGAGACGCCAGAAGGUGAGACACCUGCCCAAGGCCAGCCGGAGAUAGGUUCAGCCCAGCAGGUCGCUGGCAGAUUACAACAAGACUUGCAACCUGAAGACGAGCAGUUGUUAGCAGGAUCGCCACUGCCUAUAAAGAGCCGAUCUGAGAGUCACUCAUUGCCAGAGUCAACCCACUGUGAUGCUUCACGUAGCUUCAAGCUGCAAGAUCAAGUAGGAACUGGUACCACUGGCAGCACAGCUUCAGCCAACACCAUUGAUGCUAAUAGGUCCUCUGCAGUGCCAAACACCCUGGAAGUUAAGGAAAUUGCAGAUGAAGUAAGAACGGGCAGAGAUUCCCCACCAAUUACCCCAGCAGGCCCCUUGCUGCUGCCAGAUAGCACAUCAGAAAACCUGGGGACCAGUAUCCGUGGAAGAGAGAUGACUGUGUCAGAGGGAGAAGUGUCAGCUAUGGACCAAAAGGCAGAGACCUUGGAUGUACAGACGCAGCCUGGUAUCGCCAAGCCAAAAAAGGCAAAACCUCCCAUCUCGGAGAUGAUGGUAGUUGAGACUAUGGAAGGUGGGGCAUCAGCAAAAGACCAUGCCGUGAUGAAACGGGCGUCAGUCUGUAAUUCUGACACCAGUGAUUUUCCUGAGACUAAGAACCCUUCUAACCCAGGAUUUCAACCAUCACCCCCAGCCAACAGGCAGCCCCCUCUGUCAGCGAAUGCAGCUGAAGCAGAUGAGCUGAGGCCACAAGCACAACACAAAGGCUCGGCACUCAAGCUGGAGAUUGACUUUUCAGAAGAUAAGGAAAAUGCAGAGGGUAGGGUGCCAGUGCCAAGGAGAGUGGGUAAAAAGCCUGGCAGUAAGUCCGGUGGGAAGAAACAAAGAACAGCAGUUGUGAAGGCCAGUGCUUCUGAAGACAAGGAUGACAGCAGCUCCACCACCAACUUUGAUGACAUUCCCAUUCCUAAAAAGUCUUACAAUUUUGAUUCUUCUCAAUGGGAUGAUCCCAAUUUCAACCCAUUUGGCAGCGCCUCUGGUCUGCAGAACUCUCCCACACAGCCAAAGGCCUCAUACACAUUUGACCCUGACUGCUUGGAUUCAGUUGACCCUUUCAAGCCCACCAAAACGUUAACCAACACGUCGGAGCCCCCCACUCCCUCCGAGCCAGAGACUGCCAGGACUGAAGAGCCGACUCUGGAGGGAGCACCUGAUGAGGAAAAAACGACAAAAGAGUUGCCGAAGAAGACCAAGCCUCGAGUGAUAACGAAUGCUUGCCGAGUGAAGAAAUAUGAAAACCAAUCUCUGGUGUUGGAUGUUUGCCACCAGGAUGCCGAGCCAAUUGAAAGGUGUGAUGACCCUGACCUUGCCCACAGAGAGAGGCAUGCUACUGAUGAAGAGAAACUGGCCUCCACCACAUCAGUCAAUCAAAAACCUGCCUGCCAAGAGGCAAAAGCUGAAGUGGAAGACGACACUGAGUACUUUGAAUGCCCAGCGACUGCCAUUAAACAAGAAUUAUCAGUCUGUUCGGAAGGGUUGGCUAAAUCAAAAGAAAUAGACCAGCAGGAACAAAAUGGACCCUCAUCACCUCAAAUUCCAGCCCCUGGGGUGUUCAGCACUGAAAGUAUCCUCUCGUUUAAAGCACUUCUGAGUGAGAUGGAAGGUUCAGUGGGCAAUGAGCUGAACAACAUCCAGGCAGACAAGACCGCUGUCCUGAGUUUAAUCAAAGAAGAGAUUGCAGCUAAGGAAGCAGAGGCAAAUGAAUGGAAGCAAAAAUAUGAAGACAGUCGACAGGAAGUCAUUGAAAUGAGAAAGAUUGUUGCAGAGUAUGAAAAAACCAUUGCACAGAUGAUUGAAGAUGAGCAAAAGAACAAAAUGGCUUCUCAGACAUCCAUUCAACAGCUAAUUACGGAAAAGGACCAGGCUUUGGCAGAUCUUAAUUCAGUGGAGAGGUCUUUAUCAGAUCUUUUCAGGAGAUACGAGAACAUGAAAAGUGUACUAGAAGGAUUCAAAAAGAAUGAAGAAGUAUUGAAGAAAUGCGCCCAAGAUUAUUUGGCUAGGGUCAAACAAGAGGAGCAAAGAUACCAAGCUCUUAAACUCCAUGCUGAAGAAAAACUAGACAAGGCCAAUGAGGAGAUCGCUCAAGUGCGUGCUAAGGCCAAUGCAGAAGGAGCAGCCCUGCAAGCCAGCUUGCGAAAGGAACAAAUGAAAGUGGAUUCCAUGGAAAGGACAAUUCAGCAGAAGAACCAAGAGAUAGAGGAACUGACCAAGAUUUGUGAUGAGCUGAUUGCCAAACUAGGGAAAACUGAGUGAAGGCUGCAAACCCAAAAAUGGACAUUGCACGACAAAGCUUCCUGCAGAUCUUCGUUCCUAGAGCACGCUGCCUUACUUAGAAAUAAUAUCCAAUUCUAAUGCAUUUUGUCCCUGAAGUGGCAACACCCAGUAGUCUGCACAGCACAUGUGGAUCCGUCUUCAUGCACUGUUUACCGCACAAACAGAAAAAGUUGCCAAAAUAUUCCCAGGGUUGUAGGCACCCAUUUUCUCUGACAUGUAAUUUGCUUUGCUAACACGUCAUCCUCAUCUUUGUCAUCCAGUGGCAUUUAAAACGGCAACUAAAUAUACAAUGCUUAAAGGUGCCAUCCAGUUACUUUGUGUAAUUAUGGUGCCAGCCUUUUAUCUUCAGUUACGCUUCCUGCAACUUGCUUCAACCGAUGGUAAACCCAGACUGAGAGACCUUCUUCAAUGUAAUGUUUCAUUGUCACAGUUCUCAAGGUUCAUUUUUCUGAAAUGAGUGCUUUGACAGUCAGUGCCAUUUUUUUUUUUGUUUGAGUUCUUGCCUGCAGCAAAAUCUCUCAAAUGCUGUUUUGAAUAGAAGUAGCAAACCCACUGAGUUGCUUGUGUCUUCCACCCCAGUCAUUGCCAUAGCCUUUGGACAAUGCACUGGCUUCCCAUGUAAAAUGAGGAUACUAAUUAAUCAGCGCUCUUGGUGCCAACAAUGUAUUUUUUUCUUCAAAGCAGUAUUGGUUUUAUGGAAGUCAUCUUUAACAAGUACUUGCAGUAAGCAUUGCUUCUAUUAUUGAAUAUUUUGUGUGGGCAUGCAGACUCAAGGGGGAAACUGAGGAGACCACUUUUGAUUUGGGUGUCUCAUUCACGUCAUCACCACCAGAGCCUCACCAGAACUGGUGAAGGACUGUGGAAAAACUUUAUCCUUAGAUUAAAUCCAAGCUUUUCUUCUCCAGGCCUGCUAGCCUUGAGGAUUCAAUUACAACAGACCAGGGUCCAGACCUCAGCAUUUUAGGUAUGAAACCACCAAGUGACGGGCCACUGGUGGGGAAAAAAAACUGAUCUAGAUUGUACUUUGUCUUUUGUGCAGCUGUGAAGUGGGACAGUGUUCUUGAAGAGGGGACACUGGUGCACCCUAAAGUAUCUAAUUUCCGAGUUGAAGUGAAGAAACUUUUUUUUUCCUCUCGGGAUGCUCACCAUUUUGAUGCUCAGGAGUUUUGCAAACCUGGGUUUGAGGUUUUGAGAUGUUGGCAUGCACCAGUGUUGCACACUGACCCUUCUUAAGAAUGGCUUCUGUAAGGCAAACAGCUUUUCCUCACACGAGACCACACAACACAUAAAUGUAUUCACGUUUCCGGCAGGUGCUGUACACUCAAUCAUAUAAUGGGAUUUUGAACGCACAAAACUCUCUGUACACUGAACAAUAUUUGUUUACUGCUAGUUAGAGAAUGUCAUUGCCCUGAAACUGGCUGAUAAAAAGUGCAUAUAACUUAAAUUCUUGGUCUGGAGUCUUGUGUUUUUCCCUCCGUAUCCUGUCUUUUUCAACAAUGGCAUAAAAUGACACACAGCUGCAUACUGACUGUAGAGUCACACCUGCUGGUUGAAGUCUGCAUUUCAGUGACAGAUAUUGUUCUGCCUGCAUUAAUAAUUUUUUCUGGUCUUGUGGUUGUGCCAGUGGAAAUAUGCUUAUGGUGAUUCCUUUUUGUGUGUCGUUUCCACUUGUGACUUGUCUGAGUAACUUGCACCAGCUCUGACAUUCCUCUGUUAUUUCUCCAACAUUUUGCCUUGGCCAUUUUAAGCUGCUUUUCACUUGGGAGAAAAACCCUUCACCUGCAUAGUUUUUAUACACAGAUAUAUUUGUCUUUUUAUAUGUUAUGGUUCAAUGAAGAUUUUUAAAGUUGUAACUACAAAAAAACGAAGAUUAUAAAAUUUUAAUUCCAUGUACUAAUAUAUUUUUUCCAUUGUCAUUGCCUGAAUAAAAAUGGUGAGUUUCA